UCUGUAUCUGGUUACUAGUUAGAUAUUCUGUGUCUGGAAAAGACGAAAAUCGCUGAAAAAUGAAAUUCAUUGUCGUUUUAGCUGUUCUUGUAGCUGCUGCCGUCGCAGGACCAGUGGACGAAUCAAAAAAUGCUCAAAUCCUUCGUUUUGAAAGCGACAAUAUCGGCACAGAUGGAUACAAAUUCGCCUACGAAACCAGCGAUGGCAUCGCGCGUCAAGAACAAGCUGAGCUCAGGAACAUUGGAACCGAGAACGAAGCCAUCGCCGUUAGCGGUACUGUAUCGUGGGUUGACAAAGACGGGCAAAGCUACACCUUGAACUACGUCGCAGACGAAAAUGGUUUCCGGCCAGAAGGUGCUCACUUACCGCGUGUCUGAAUUUCUAGUUUGUAUCCAAUAAAAAAAAUCUGAAAAGAUAUAAAA